GUCUGCAUUUUUCAGAACCCUGUAGUGGCAUAAUUGCUUAGAAGUACCUCUGGCUAAGUGGCUAUUGAACCACAUGGCUGCGUAGACAGUUUGAAAAGAUAAUUGGAUACAUAUAAUCUAAAUGUGUACAACUGUCCUGUAGUGUCAAGUGACGUCAUGGCCAAUUCCUUGGACUUGUGAGCGAGUCGGAGGUUGCUGCAGGAAGGGGAGAUCGGAGGUUGGAUCUACACCCAGCAAUCUAUUGGGGAAACUUUCACUUUUAUAAACAAGUGUCGGGCUGCACUGGUUGAAGAGGAUACGAGGUAGUGUCAUGGAGGAUGGGAAGCCGGUGUGGGCGCCCCACCCAGGAGAUGGGUUCCAGCUGGGGACCAUAGUGGACAUAGGAGCAGACAGUUUGACCAUCGAGCCGCUGAAACAGGGGCAAAAGAGCUUUACGGCCCAGAUCAACCAAGUGUUUCCGGCUGAGGAUGAUGUCAACAAACAUGUGGAAGACAACUGUUCUUUAAUGUACUUGAAUGAAGCCACACUCUUGAACAACGUCCGUGUGCGGUAUAGUAAAGACAGAAUUUAUACGUUUGUAGCUAAUAUCCUGAUAGCAGUGAACCCCUACUAUGACAUUCCAAAGCUCUAUGCUCCCGAGACCAUUAAACAGUACCAUGGGAGGUCCCUGGGCACCCUUCCGCCCCACGUCUACGCUAUUGCUGACAAGGCCUACAGGGACAUGAGGGUGCUGAAGAUGAGCCAGUCCAUCAUCGUGUCCGGGGAGUCUGGUGCCGGGAAGACUGAGAACACCAAGUUUGUCCUCCGAUACUUGACAACAUCCUAUGGAACAGGUCAAGAUAUUGAUGAGAGAAUAGUUGAAGCCAAUCCCCUGCUAGAAGCUUUUGGAAACGCUAAAACUGUCAGGAAUAACAACAGUAGUCGCUUUGGGAAGUUUGUAGAGAUCCACUUCAACGAAAAGAAUACUGUGGUGGGAGGCUUCGUGUCCCACUACCUGCUGGAGAAAUCCAGGAUCUGCCAGCAGAGCCAGGAGGAGAGGAACUACCACAUCUUCUACCGGCUGUGUGCUGGAGCCUCCGAGGACAUCAGGACCAAGUUCCACCUGGAAUCACCAGACGCCUUCAGGUAUUUGAACAGAGGAUGCACUCGCUUCUUUGCAAACAAGGACACGGACAAACAGAUCCUUCAGAACCGCAAGAGUCCAGAGCACCUGAAGGCUGGGCCCCUGAAGGACCCUCUGCUGGACGACCAGGGGGACUUCAACAGGAUGUGCGGUGCCAUGAAGAAGAUCGGCCUGGAUGAUAUGGAGAAGCUGGACCUGUUCAGGGUGGUGGCCGGGGUGCUGCACUUGGGCAACAUCGACUUUGAGGAGGCAGGCAGCACAUCAGGUGGCUGCACUAUAAAGAACCAGUCAAGCCAGACGGUGGAGUACUGUGCUGAGCUACUGGGUCUGGGAGAGCAGGACCUGAGUGUCAGCCUCACGUCCAGGGUCAUGCUCACCACAGCAGGGGGCGCCAAAGGAACAGUUAUCAAAGUGCCACUGAAAGUGGAGCAGGCAAACAACGCACGGGACGCCCUGGCCAAGGCUGUGUACAGCCGGCUGUUUGACCACGUGGUCACCAGGGUCAACCAGUGCUUCCCCUUCCACUCUUCUGCCAACUUCAUCGGGGUUCUGGAUAUCGCAGGCUUCGAGUACUUUGAGCACAACAGCUUUGAGCAGUUCUGCAUCAACUACUGUAAUGAGAAGCUGCAGCAGUUCUUCAACGAGCGCAUUCUGAAAGAGGAACAAGAGCUGUAUCAGAAGGAGGGCCUUGGAGUGAACGAGGUCCGGUAUGUCGACAAUCAGGACUGCAUAGACCUCGUGGAGGCCAAGCUGGUGGGCAUCCUGGACAUCCUGGAUGAAGAGAACCGUCUACCUCAGCCCAGUGACCAGCACUUUGCAGAGACCGUACACAACAAACACAAGAACCACUUCCGACUGACCGUGCCCCGGAAAUCAAAGCUGCAAGUUCACAGGAAUGUGAGGGAUGACGAGGGAUUCAUCGUCAGACACUUUGCAGGAGCGGUGUGCUAUGAGACGACCAAGUUUGUGGAGAAGAACAAUGAUGCACUGCACAUGUCCCUGGAGUGCCUAGUGAGUGAGUCUAAGGACCGGUUUAUCCGGGAGCUCUUUGAGAACUCCAACAACACCAAGGACUCGAAACAGAAGGCCGGCAAGCUCAGCUUCAUCAGCGUCGGCAACAAAUUCAAGACCCAGCUGAACAUUCUACUGGAGAAGCUUCGCAGCACGGGCUCCAGUUUCAUCCGUUGUAUCAAGCCCAAUCUGAAGAUGGUCAGCCACCAGUUUGAAGGGGCCCAGAUCCUCUCUCAGUUGCAGUGCUCAGGAAUGGUGUCCGUGCUGGACCUGAUGCAGGGAGGCUUCCCCUCCAGAGCGCCAUUCCAUGAGCUCUACAACAUGUACAAGCAGUACAUGCCUGCCAAGCUGACUCGCCUGGACCCAAGACUCUUCUGCAAGGCUUUAUUCAAAGCGCUGGGACUCAACGAGAAUGAUUACAAGUUUGGGCUGACCAGAGUGUUCUUCAGACCUGGGAAGUUUAAGGAGUUUGAUCAGAUCAUGAAGUCGGACCCAGACCACCUGGCGGAGCUGGUGAAGAAGGUCAACCAGUGGCUCAUCUGCAGCCGCUGGAAGAAAGUCCAGUGGUGUUCCCUCUCUGUCAUCAAACUGAGGAAUAAGAUGCUCUACCGUGCCAGUGCCUGCAUCAAGAUGCAGAAGACGGUGCGCAUGUGGCUGUGCAGGAGGAAGCACAAGCCGCGGAUCGAUGGGCUGGUGAAGGUGCGUAACCUGAAGAACAGGAUGGAUAAGUUCAACGAGGUGAUCGCCGGCCUGAAGGAGGGGAAGCAGGAGAUGAGUAUGCAGAUUCAGGGGCUGGACGACGCCAUCAACACAACCAUGCUCAAAAUCAAGACCACAGCAAUGACCCGCAUUGACAUGGACCAUGAGUACCAGGCCCUGGUCACCAGGUCAGAGGAGCUGCUGACGGCCAUGCAGAACAAGAAGAAGGAGGAGGAGGAGAAGGAGCGACUGAAGAAGAUCCAGGAGGAGAUGGCGAGAGAGAAGAAGAGGAGGGAGGAGGAGGAGCAGCGCCGCAAGCAGGACAAAGAGGACAGGCGUCUGAAAGCGGAGAUGGAGCAGAAGCGGAAACACGAAGAAGAGGAGCGGAAGCAGAGAGAGAAAGAGGAGAGGAAACUUCAGGCAGAGAUGGAUGUUCAGCUGGAGGCUGAGCGGGAGGAGGCGGCGGCGCGUCAAAACAUCCUGGAGCAGGAGAGGCGCGACAGGGAGCUGGCCAUGAGGAUCGCCCAGAGCGAGGCUGAACUCAUCCCAGAGGACACCCAGAAUGACGCAGGCCUGCGCAGUAACGGCACCUCAGGUGGUCCAUCCUCCCCAGAGAGAGCUACUGGAGCUGGUGGAUCUCAAAAGCUCAAGAGCAUGUCCAUGGAGGAAAUGGCCAAGGAAAUGUCUGAGCUUCUGUCUAGAGGCCCACAGGUUCAGGCUACCAAAGCUGCUGCUGCUGGCACCAAGAAGUACGAGCUCAGCAAGUGGAAAUACGCCGAGCUGAGGGACGCCAUCAACACAUCCUGUGACAUUGAGUUGCUGGCUGCCUGCCGAGAAGAGUUCCACCGCCGGCUGAAGGUCUACCACGCUUGGAAGUCAAAGAACAAGAAGCGUGGCAACAACCCCGGAGUCACAGAGCAGAGGGCCCCCAAAUCAGUCACUGACUAUGAUCUCGCACCUCGUGUGAGACAAGCACCCCAGGCGAACUCAGCCCCGCCCAUCCCAGCCAGGCAACAUGAGGUGGCCAUGAACAGGCAGCAGCGCUACUUCCGCAUCCCUUUCAUCCGGCCCGGGGACCAGUACAAGGACCCACAGAACAAAAAGAAGGGCUGGUGGUACGCCCACUUUGAUGGGCCCUGGAUCGCAAGGCAGAUGGAGCUGCACCCGGACAAGCAGCCCAUCCUGCUGGUGGCAGGGAAAGAUGACAUGGAGAUGUGUGAGCUGAGCCUGGAGGAGACAGGCUUGACAAGGAAGAGGGGAGCUGAGAUCCUGCCCCGGCAGUUUGAGGAGAUCUGGGAGCGCUGCGGGGGCAUCCAGUACCUCCGGAGAGCCAUUGAGAAAAAACAGGCCCGCCCCACCUACGCCACAGCCAUGCUGAAGACCCUUCUCAAGUAAAGGGUGUUGGGUGAAUUUGCCCCUAGUCGCUGAUCGUGGGUCAGUUUAGCAUUUUCCCCACCUAAAGGUUAAGGUUAGGAUUGGGGGACGGGAAGCUGACCCUAAAUCUGUACUCUGGGAAACUUCACCCUGGAGCUAAAGCCUUAAACCACGGGCCUUUCUCUCACUACAGCAAAGGGAAGAAUGCACUAAGCUACUGUACCUAACACAGUGGGUAUUCAAGCCUACUGUACCAUGUUUUGACUGGGGGCAAGUCAUAAAUUAACCACUUUUUGUUAAUUGUCUUUUUUCUUUUGUUCAUGUUGUUGGUCUUGGCUGCUUUCAAUUGUCUUGAUGUAUUAUUUCUUGGUGGGUACGGGGGAAUUUGCAGUGAACCUAUGCAGAGGAAUCGGACAGUGACUAAUUAUUACAUCUAGUUUUGUUUCUCGAGCAAAUAUGGAUGUUUUCCUUUUAAUAUUCCUGCUACUUUAACUACGAGGCCUUAUUAAAACUACUUUAACUACGAGGCCUUAUUAAAACUACUUUAACUACGAGGCCUUAUUAAAACUACUUUAACUACGAGGCCUUAUUAAAACUACUUUAACUGCGAGGCCUUAUUAAAACUACUUUAACUACGAGGCCUUAUUAAAACUACUUUAACUACGAGGCCUUAUUAAAACUACUUUAACUACGAGGCCUUAUUAAAACUACUUUAACUACGAGGCCUUAUUAAAACUACUUUAACAGGGUAAUUUGCUGAAAGUAGGAAGUGUUUCAAAGCUGCCUCCAAAUAAGUUUUGAGUAUUAAAUUGUUGAUGUUUAAUAUUAUGUCUUUGUGAUUUAAAAUGAAGUCAACAUUUUGUCUCUGCAGUCUUAACAGCUUGUUGAUCAUUUCACUCAAACCAAUACUUGCUGUUUAUUUUCAUGUAGUAAUUAUAGGACAAUACUUGCACAAGAGAGGGGUAGAAAUGGGCUAGGUUGGGGUAGAAAUGGGCUAGGUUGCAACUCUGUUUUCUCAUGUGAGGCAGUUAUACUUGAGCGGUUCUUCUCUAAGGAUAUUUUUUAGUAACUGCACAUAAAUUCACAUUCAUUUCUAAUUAUAAUAUUUGAUAAUACUGUAAUACGUUUUUACCUCUGGCUUUCAGACUGAAUGUAAUAUGGGUUUGUUGAUUUGUUCCUUCAGUCCUUACUGUUUGGUUAGGAGCGGUUUGUUUUAUUCUUCAUAUGUGUGAUUUAGGUUUGCUAAUGAAAGGUAAAUAAAUAUUUCCUUUUCACAUUCCCCAACCAUUCAUUACUAAAGCCACAUGGUUGAAAUUGCUUCAUGUUCUCCACAUGAAACAAUGCCUAUUCCAAAUAUUGAAACAAAAAGAAAAAUAAUGAAUGAAUCAAACUUAAUUAUGAGAAGUGAAUAAUACAAAUCUUGAGAUACUCUACGAUGUCGGACCAAAUGUGUGUAUGGGACAAAAACUGAAUAGUGAAAUGGUGUUGUCUUCUUGACCCCAACUUCAUUCAAGCUCAUAUACAAUAUAGUCAGCUAUUCUUCUCUCUGCUAGAUAUUCCAAUAGACACAUACCCACAGAAUGUUCGACGUGUAUGAUAGAGAGUCUAAUGUUUCUACACAGGAAUGUACACAUUUAUUUUCUAAAUAAAUAUUUCUACUCUAAGAUACUCUAAAGCAUGUGUCAAACUCAUUCAACAGAGGGCCAUGUGUCUGCGGGUUUUUGCUCCACCCUCGUAUUUGAUUAAUGAAUUAAGGUCACUAAUUAGUAAGGACCCCCCUUCACCUAGUUGUCUACUGUAGGUCUUAAUUGAAAGGAAAAAACAAAAACCUGCAGACACUCAGCCCUCCAUGGAAUGAGUUUAACACCCCUGCUAUAAAGGGUUUGGUCACAUGACUCAUGUUUCUUAAAAUAAACAAAUGAUGAAGCAAUAAUUUACACACGCAACACUACAAGGAGGACAGACUGUCUCAAACACACAGUACAUGACAAUCUUGUGAGACUAGAACUACUCUCUUCAGGUAAGGCUGUUAGUCUUGAGUUUCUUCUCAUUCCCUUGGACGCUCUGCACAAGCGAAAGGCGACGUCGUGGUUGUUUGAAAUCUAUCCACUCAUGCUCGUGUCUAAAACAUGUCUUCAGUUUAGCCCGAAGUAUGUAUUUCUGACAAACAUCAGAGUUUACUACUGUAGUGUGGGGUCUCCUUGAAUAUCGCUUGUAAUGUACAACAAAUGACUGGCUGGCUUCCAUAUGCUCUGUAUCUCACAACACGCAUAGCAAUCAUUCCUCAGAUACUGCCUUUUCCAAUGCUGAUCUCUAACUGAAAUAAACACAUUUCAUGCUUCA